UUAAGCGUACCUAUCACAAACAUGGAGCACAGUCAUAACUGUAACGAUCAUAAUACAUGCUGCAAUAUAAGUAAUAAUAUCGGAGUUAGUCAGUCUCUUAUGGAAAUGGAAUUUGAACGCGGUAUAUGGUACGCCGCACAGUAUAAUGACUUGGAUCGUGUAAAGAUAUUACUGAAGAAAGGUGUUUCACCAGAUGCAGAAGAUUCUGCGGGAUAUACAGCGUUACAUUACGCAGCUCGAAAUGGACACUAUAAAAUUUGUAAUAUUUUAUUAGAAAAUGGUGCAGCAGUGAAUGCACAGACACGUUGUGGACAUGCUACUGCUUUGCAUAGAGCAGCUAUGCAGAGUCAUUCUGAGAUCGUUGAACUAUUGUUGAGAUUUGAUGCAAACCCUAAUUUAAAAGACGUCGAUGGCUACACCGCUUUGCAUAGAGCACUCACGGCACGCUCCACACCUGUUUGCAAACUACUAAUACCAUGCACUGAUCUAUCAUUACUGAAUAGCAACAUACAGAGUUUAGAACAAUUAGUAAAAGAAAAAUGUCCUGACAUUUUACCAUUUUUAUUAACAUAUAUGAAUAAGUAAAUGAUUAAUAAAAAUAAUUAAAAUCUCCUAGACUUUUUAAAUUUUCUAUAUCAACACACGAAUAAUAAAAGUAUGGUACUAUAAAAAUAUUUAUUUUAUGAAUAAUUGUCAGAAGAAAACAGUAUUUGGUAGAUAAAAGAACCUUGAUGAUCUUAAUAGAUUUAUAAAAUGUGAUUUUCAAAAGUACCGGAUAUCGUAUCUUUUAUAACUGUUUUCUAAUUUAUUAAUAAUUAAGUUGCAACUAUAUACAAAGUGUACAAGUAUAUUUCUAAUGUUAAUAAACUGAUCUAUGUAA